AUGCACGGCUCGGCUCGGCUCGGCCCCGCUCCGCUCGGCUCUGCACGGCUCGGCUCCACUCGGUUCGGCCCCGCCCCACCCCGCGGGCGGUCACUGCGGCGCAGUCGCGGCGCCGCCAUCGCGGGCAGAUGCAGGCGAUCAAGUGUGUGGUGGUGGGCGACGGAGCUGUAGGGAAGACCUGCUUGCUGAUCAGUUACACCACAAAUGCCUUUCCUGGAGAAUACAUUCCCACCGUGUUCGAUAAUUAUUCUGCCAAUGUGAUGGUAGAUGGAAAGCCAGUGAACCUGGGCCUCUGGGAUACAGCAGGGCAAGAAGACUAUGACCGACUGCGGCCACUUUCCUACCCACAAACGGAUGUUUUCUUGAUCUGCUUCUCCCUUGUGAGUCCAGCCUCCUUUGAGAAUGUCAGAGCUAAGUGGUACCCUGAGGUCCGACACCAUUGCCCAAAUACACCUAUUAUCCUGGUGGGCACCAAGCUGGACUUGAGGGAUGAUAAGGACACCAUUGAAAGGUUACGUGAUAAGAAACUGGCCCCCAUCACCUACCCCCAAGGCUUGGCCAUGGCUCGGGAGAUCGGGUCGGUAAAGUACCUCGAAUGCUCUGCCCUGACACAGCGGGGCUUGAAGACGGUGUUUGAUGAAGCCAUCCGGGCUGUGCUCUGCCCACCGCCUGUGAAGAAGCCUGGCAAAAAGUGUACCAUGUUUUGAGGGCUGUGGCCUAGGUGUUGGCUCAGCAUGCUGUCAUCCUCUGACAGAUUGCAUAUUAAGCUGGGUGUUUCUGAAGGGGGCUGGGAUGUGUAGGGCCCUUCAUCAUGUACGAAGUCAGUGUUUUUUAAAUGUCUCUUUGAUUUAACGUCAGUGUUGAUGUGAAGGGGCAGUGGGGGCAGGAGACCAGCUGGGGACUAUACAGCCCCCAGGGGAGGUACAACGGGGAAGGCAAGGUAGCUCCUUCGGGCAACAGGCUGUUUUGGCUCUCCUGAACUCCAAGUGGAAGGGGCUGAGACAUCCAUCCUGUUCUGGAAACACCUGUUUUCAACCUGCAGGUGAAACAGGUGGUGAAGAUCCUGGUGGGAGCGGGGAGGGAGCUGAUUUCAAUGGUGCUGAAAGACAAGAAUAGCUGGGAGGGUGGUAGAGUCUCCUUGCCCAGCCUGCUGUGGCUAACAGUUAACAAACUGGUGCUCUAGCAGAAUGUUCCUGAGACUGUUAAAGAAAUCAUAACCAGCCCUGGAAGGGGUCAACGUAAAUGAGAAGCUGAAAAACUAAUCAUUAGGUGCUUUAUUGGGUACUAGCCAAACUCUGUGAGUGAAACAGCUCUGUGCAAUCAAUGCAUUUGCCUUUUUGUGUGCACACCCUAGGACAGCAUGGUGCUGCUCCCCCCCAUUAGUCUUUAGCAGGGCCUCCCCCCAAAAUCCAGUCUCUGCAGAGCAGGGCUGGGGUUGUUGCCUCUAUUUUUUUUUUUCUACUAAAGACAGCAAAGGAAGCAAUGAGGAGUCUGCUAACUUCUUUCCCUUCCCACUGAAAAUACAGACAGACUCUGUGGAUUUGGAUGGAACAGGGAGAGCUUCUGAAGGGUUGUGGGGGGGGAACAGGGUUGGAAGAGAGGUCCAAUUUCUAAUCAUCAUGUAGAGUGACAAGAUAAAACCUUAUUUGGUGCAAUAAACAUUCUCCAUGAA